CAUCUCCUUCAAUUUCCCCGCCGCUCUGUCGAUAUUUCCACUGCCUUUGAGUACUGCGUGUUUGGCCUGUUCUGCAGAGCAUUUGAGUGAAACAUCCACUGUUCCUCGAUGCGGUGUGCGAGUAGGAUAACCUGCGGUUGCAAGGCGUUUGCCGAGUUGGGCAGAGAAAUGAGCGGAAAAGUGUGGGAAAUAUACGAUUGAAACUCCGCUAAAUGGAAAGCGCGUCGCGUCCGUCGUCUUUUGCCUCUUGUUCUCAUCUCCAUCAUGUCUCAACAUCAGACACCUCGACGUGCAAAAAGGAGACGCGAGCCAUCUGCUGAUCCUGCAUCGUCGCCACCGGUCCAGGCGGCGCCCCAGCGUCGUCUUUCGCAGUCGUCUCUGCCUCCUUCCUCCCCGCUUGCGCCAUUCUCAGACACUGAUGAUAGUCUUGAUGAUAGAGAUGCCGUUCGGGACGUAGAAGAUGACGAAGAUGACGAAGGAGAGGAUCUCUUCGCUGACAACCUUGAGGAAGAUUACACUGAAAAUGAGCUCCUGGAUAAAUAUUCAGAUGCGGGCAUCGAUGACGACGAAGAUCUCGAUGAGAUAUCCGUAGAGGCGCGCCGGAAAGCCGAAUUAGCAAUGGCGCGUAGAGACCGCAGGGAACGUGCAGGAAAGAAGGGUACACGCGCAGCGCAACGAAGCCGUGUCCCGGACUUCCUUUUAGAUAAUGAUAUAGAUGCCGAAGACGAGACCGAUGAUGACCUGGGCGUAUCCAGGAUGAAGAGGCGCACGCGGCGAGUAUACGACGAGCGAAGGGAUGCAGACGAUAUGGAUGGUAUUGAAGAUGAACUACCCGUGGAGCAGCUGAGCGACAUCAAAGCCAAGUCUAUUGUCGAAUGGAUCGCCAAUGAACGCGUUAGACGUUCCAUCAUCCGUCAUUUUCGUCAUUUCCUCAUGACAUAUGUCGACGAAAGCGGUUCAUCUGUUUAUGGAGCGCGCAUCCGUAACCUAGGAGAAACCAAUGCCGAAUCUCUUGAAAUUUCAUACCUUCACUUGGCUAAUUCUAAGCCUAUCCUGGCCUACUUCCUCACCAAUUCACCUGUCUCCAUGCUCAAUAUCUUCGACGAAGUCGCCCUCGCUGCCAUCCUCGUGUACUAUCCGGCCUACGAGCGCAUUCAUUCCGAGGUGCACGUCCGUAUCGCUGAUCUCCCAUUGAGUUCUUCUCUUCGCGACCUUCGUCGGUCAAAUCUGAACAAUCUUGUUCGCAUUUCUGGUGUUGUCACUCGUAGAAGCAGUGUAUUCCCGCAACUCAAGUAUGUCAAAUUUGAUUGUCGAAAAUGUGGAGCCGUCCUUGGGCCGUUUUACCAAGAUGCAACGACGGAGGUCAAGGUUAGCUAUUGUGCAGUCUGCGAGAGCAAAGGGCCGUUUCAAGUCAACUCCGAACAGACGAUAUACAGAAACUAUCAGCGUAUGACAUUACAAGAAUCCCCUGGAUCUGUUCCAGCUGGUCGCCUCCCUCGUCACCGUGAAAUUGUCCUUCUGUGGGAUCUCAUUGAUAGUGCUAAACCAGGAGAGGAGAUCGAGGUUACCGGUAUCUAUCGCAACAACUUCGAUGCAUCCCUUAACUCACGUAACGGAUUCCCCGUCUUCUCCACUGUCAUCGAGGCCAACCACGUGAACAAGAAGGAAGACCUCUUCGCCGCCUUCCGACUCACUGAAGAGGAUGAGCGCGCAAUGCGCGCCCUUGCUCGUGAUGAGCGAAUCCGCAAGAGGAUCAUAAAAUCCAUUGCUCCUAGUAUUUACGGACACGAAGACAUCAAGACGGCCAUUGCCCUCUCCCUUUUCGGCGGUGUAUCUAAGGAUAUCAACCACAAAUUACGAAUUCGAGGUGACAUCAAUGUUCUCCUACUUGGUGAUCCAGGUACCGCAAAAUCUCAGUUUCUCAAGUACGUGGAGAAGACGGCGCACCGCAGUGUGUUUGCAACAGGCCAGGGGGCGUCUGCUGUCGGUCUUACGGCAAGCGUACGCAAGGAUCCGGUGACCAGGGAAUGGACAUUGGAAGGUGGCGCCUUGGUUCUGGCGGACAAAGGGACAUGUCUUAUCGAUGAGUUCGACAAGAUGAACGAUGCAGAUCGGACGUCCAUUCACGAGGCGAUGGAACAGCAGUCCAUCUCCAUUGCGAAAGCGGGUAUAGUGACGACACUGCAGGCGCGCUGUGCAAUUAUCGCUGCUGCCAAUCCUAUCCGUGGGAGAUAUAAUCCCACGAUUCCAUUCCAGCAGAACGUGGAGCUGACGGAACCAAUUCUGUCUCGGUUCGAUGUUCUGUGUGUAGUAAAAGACAAUGUUGACCCUAUUAUGGAUGAGUUGCUGGCGAGAUUCGUGGUGGGAAGUCAUUUACGGAGUCAUCCCAAAUUUGAGAAAAUGUCGGAUGAGAUGGAUGUGGGAACGACGCUAGAUGAAGAUAUCAUACCCCAGGACGUGCUCCGCAAGUAUAUUAUGUAUGCAAGAGAAAAGAUACGCCCCAAGCUGUUCGACGUGGACCAAGAGAAACUGUCCAAGUUGUUUGCGGACCUGCGUCGCGAGUCGAUGGCUACUGGCUCCUACCCGAUAACCGUUCGGCAUUUGGAGAGCAUGAUACGAAUGGCAGAAGCAAGCGCAAAGAUGGCUCUCCGAGAGUAUGUUCGUGCGGAUGACAUUGACUUAGCCAUCGAGGUGGCUGUGAAUAGUUUUGUCAGUGCGCAAAAGAUGAGCAUUAAGAAGACUUUGCAAAGAGGCUUCAGAAAAUACCUUACACAGUCGCGAGAUCACGAAGAGCUCUUGGCGUUCUUGUUAGGUCAACUAGUGAAGGACAGGGUGCGGUUCCUCCAGUCGUUGCGCCACCAGCAACCAGAAAUUGUCACUGUCAAGCUCACGGACUUGGAAGAACGGGCCAAGGAGCACGACAUAUUCGAUAUCGCUCCUUUCUUGCGGUCAAAACUGUUCUCUACAAAUGGAUAUAAGAUGGUCAAGGAGAAUGAUGGGCAGAACGUUAUCGAGAAGAAAUUCAGGAUUGACUGAGCCACUUUUCUUGUAAUAUUUGUGUAUUGUUUUGCUCAUGAGAUGUGUGUUAAUUAUGGCUAUC